AAAAAAACAAACAACCGUGUACCUCUAGUAACCACAUACAACCCAGCACUAGAAGGGAUAAGAAAAAUAAUCAAAGAUUUACAACCCAUUAUAACAGAGGAUGGAACUCUGAAGGCCAGUAUUGGGGGUUGCUGGAAUAUUUCUUUCAGACAACCAUCCAACCUCAGAAAUAAACUAAUCAGUAGGAAACUUCCUUCUGAUUAUGAUGUCACAAAUAAUGGAAGCACACCCUGCAAUAAGAAACGCUGCAAACUGUGCAAACAAAUCAAUUCAUCAAAAAGAGUCAGACACUCAAAAGGGAUCUUCAAUAUUUCUGGCUCAUACAGCUGCACCUCCAGUAAUGUUGUGUGCCUUAUCCAGUGCAGAAAAUGCAGCAAAGGAUCUUAUGUUGGCGAAACAGGACAGAAGUUGCAAACAAGGAUGAAUUUGCACAGACGUACCAUCAAGGAACAUAAAGAAGAUGACCUCUGCACACCUGUAGGACACCAUUUUGCACAACCAGGCCACAUAAUGGGAGACCUCAAUAUUUUAGUUCUUAAAGGAAAUUUCAAAUCCAUCCAGGAAAGAAAAACAUUUGAACUAAGAAUGAUAAUUCUAUUUGACGCAAGAGAUAACGGCCUUAAUGUGGACAUGGGAUUCCUCACUCAUUAUCCAACA